AUGUCUGUACCUCCUGCCACACAGGCGAGCGCCAGGCUCGACGUCAACAACCUCUUUGCGACGACGGGCCAGGUCGCUCUGAUCACGGGCGGUGGCACCGGCAUCGGACUCGUCAUGGCGCGGGCCAUGGCCGAGGCGGGUGCGGCCAAGGUGUACAUUGCAGGGCGGCGGCUGGCCGUGCUGGAGUCGGCAGCGGCGGCGGUCAACCGACUGGUGUCGCGGGACGUGCUGGUGCCUAUCGAGCUGGACGUGACGUCCAAGGCGAGCCUGGCCGCGGCGGCGGCGUUUGUCGACAAGGACAGCGGGUUCCUGGACGUCGUGGUCUCCAACGCGGGCGUGCCGGGCCCGCAGACGCCGACGCCGGCCGACAACGAUACGACGACGACUCUUGCCGAAUGGCGCGCAGCGCAGCUCGCGGUGGACCCGCAAGCGUACCAGGACACGUUCAAGGUCAACACGACGGCCGUAUGGUUCACGGCGAUUACGUUCCUCGACCUGCUGGACGCGGGCAACAGGCGGCGCAACGACAGCCUGGGCGCGGCCCGGCCGACGUCGCAGGUGGUGGUCAUCUCGUCGCUGGCCGGGUUCAAUCGCAAAGCACCGGCGGGCUUUGCGUACGGACAGUCCAAGUCGGCGGCGACGCACGCGGCCAAGCAGCUGGCCGUGCUGCUGCCGCGGUGGGGCAUCCGCGUGAAUGUGGUGGCGCCAGGGCCGUUCCCAAGCGAGAUGACGACGGCGUUCGUGGGGGCGCUGGGGGCGACGACGGACCAGGAGGUGAUUCGGAUCGACAAGGCGCACGUGCCGCUGGGCCGGAUUGGCGAUCAGCAGGACAUGGCCGGGACGAUUCUGUACCUGGUGUCGCGGGCGGGCGCGUUUCUGAACGGCAAUGUGGUCUUGCUAGACGGCGGUCGUCUAGGAGUGUUUCCGAGCAUGUACUAA